GAGGUGUCCCCAUUGGUUGGCCCAGGAAAUAACACCCGGUGCCGCUGAGGCGUUUGCAGGGCUGCUCGGGGAGAAGGCGGGGGUCUCCGCGAUGAUGAAACAGGCGGCCUUUGCUGUAGUGGGAGGAGUCGUGGCGGUGGCGGCGGUGCCGGUGACCCUGGGCGCCGCGGGCUUCACCGGCGCCGGAAUCGCCGCCUCCUCGCUGGCGGCCAAGAUGAUGUCCGCGGCCGCUGUCGCCAACGGGGGCGGAGUCGCCGCCGGCAGCCUGGUGGCCACGCUGCAGUCCGUGGGGGCAGCUGGGCUCUGCACGUCAACCAAAAUCCUCCUGGCCUCUCUUGGGUCAGGUUUAGGAGCCUACCUUGGAAAACCAAAAAAGGAAUCUUCCUCUCCCCCAGCAGAACCCGGGGCUGAAGGGGAACAGCAAGAAGAAACUGAAUCCCAAGCUGAACCUCCAAACCCCCCAGUCGGGUCAGAGAAGCAUGAGAAAUAAAGAUCAUGCACAGGGACACCUGGGUGGCUCAGUGGUUGAGCAUUUGCCUUCGGCUUAGGUUGUUGUGAUCCUGGGGUCCUAGGAUUGAGUCCCACAUGGGAGGGAGCCUGCUUCUCCCUCUGCCUGUGUCUCUGCCUCUCUUUCUGUGUCUCUCGUGAAUAAAUAAAUAAUAUCUAAAAAAAAAAAAGGUCAUG